UAGUAGCAGAGUGGUACAGUUUCUGAGGCGGUGUGUCUAUUGACGCAUAGCAGUUACCACUUACCACGAUAAUAGUUUGCGUAUUGCGAUUGCUUCUUCUGUUGUUUAAGAAUGAAAUCAGAAUCGAAAAGAAAGAGUGACAAAGCCCGCAAUUGUAGCCAUGAAAAACCUUCAUGCUUUGAUAGUUUUGCUGAAAUGUCAAAUGCUCUGUUAAUUUCUGAUAUCACCAUAAGAAACCAAAGUUCUUCCAAUAUUCUUGGUUCUGCAACUAAUCAAGAUCCUAAUUCAAUUCAAUCUCUCUCAAAAGAUUGUUAUGACUUUAGUAAUUUAUUGAAGACAUUGAAUUACAUAGAGAAGAAGAAUGCGAAACGCAUAAUCGUUGUUAAGAGGGUUGAUAAGAAAAAAGAAAAGAAAAUGAAGAGGAAGAAGGAGAAGGAGGAAUUUCAAAUAAUAAAAUUCUUGACAAUGAACCCAAAGAAGCCGUUUGAAAGAAUUGUAAGAGUAAAAGGUGGAAACAGAAAGGAGCAAAAUUCAGAGAAAAACUCAGAUAAUCAAUUUGGCUUGGAAGAGUUUCUUGAUGCUGUAAAUCAUGGAGGCUUUCAUCUUAGAACAAGGAUUCAUAUUAAGAAUAAGAAUACUCAACAGAAAGAACCAAAACACAAAUAAAUUUGGUUGGCUAUCAUAUUAGAAGAAGAGAUUUUUCUUCUAAUUCAAACAUUAGUGACUGUAUGUCCGUCAAGAUUUAUAUUCCGUCCAAA